UGUAGUAGUAGUAGUAGGAAAAGGAGGCAAAAGAGGCAGCAGCAAUAGUAGACUGGUAAAAUCUUAAUAAAGAAAAAAAAAAAAAAACAGAGGAGGAAAAAACAUAGGGCAGUAAAUCUAGAAAGUGGGUAUCUUUGUUUCUUAUUUACUCUCUCUCUCUCUCUCUCUCUCUCUCUUUUGAUGCUCUUUCAACUCCAAUCUCAUUCUCUUGACAAAAUCAGGGGAAAAUUAAAAAAAAAAAAAAAGCCAUGAAAGCCUAAAUACUCCUUCCACCUCCCCCUCUCUCCAUCCAAAAAAUCCAUCUCCCAACCCACACCAAGAAAGAAAAAAGAGAAAAGAGAAAAAAAAAAUCCCACCUUUGAUCUAGUUUCUCCUGUUGUUUCUUUCUUUGUUUCUCUCUUCUAUACUAUUAUUAUUAUUAUUAUUAUUAUUAUUAUUAUCAUGGAUCCGAAGGGCUCCUCUAAGCACCCGCAAGAAGUGCCCAAGUUCCACCAGGCCCUCGGCCUCCCUCACUCCUCCGACAAGCGCGACGAUCCCUCCGCCGGCGCCGACAGGGAGAGGGAGCAGCAGCUUCAGCUUGUGGCGGCGGCGGCGGCGGCGGUGGCGGGGGAUAAGGACGAGUCGAGGAAGCAGCUGGCGCCGAAGCGGAGCUCGAACAAGGACCGGCACACGAAGGUGGACGGGCGCGGGCGCAGGAUCCGGAUGCCGGCGCUGUGCGCGGCGCGGAUCUUCCAGCUGACGCGGGAGUUGGGGCACAAGUCCGACGGCGAGACCAUCCAGUGGCUGCUCCAGCAGGCCGAGCCCUCCAUCAUCGCCGCCACCGGCACCGGAACCAUCCCCGCCUCCGCGCUCGCCGCCGCCGGCCCCAUCUCCCACGCCGCCCCUCCCGCCGCGGGCGCCGCCGCUGCCCACCACAAGCUCGACGAAAUGCCCCAGGGACCCGCCGCCGCAGCCGCCGCCAGGACCAAUUGGGCCACCAUGCUCGCCGGCUCCGCCGCCAAUAUGGGCCGGACCCACCCCGGGAUGUGGCCCCCGCCGCCGCAGGUCGGCGGGUUCAAUUCCGGGUUCUUGCUGUCCGGCGGGGUGGCCGCGGCGGCCCCGUCGGCGUCGGGCCUCGGCGGCCCCGGCGGCGGGGGCGACGGGUCGGUGGGCAGCUUCAUGCAGCGGAUGGGGCUCCACGGGCUCGAAUUGGCCGGGGGCAACCUGGGCCCGAUGAGCUUCGCGUCGAUGCUGGCCGGGCAGGGCCAGCAAUUGCCCGGGCUCGAGCUCGGGCUAUCGCAGGACGGGCAUAUGGGAGCGCUAAAUGCGCAAGCUUUGAGCCAGUUCUAUCAGCAGAUGGGGCAGGGGAGGGGCGGACCCGCCGGCGGCGGCGGCGGAAGCGCCCAAUUGCAAAACCAGCAGCAGCAGCAGCAGCAGGAUAGCACGGGGGAGGACGACUCCGAGGAGUCGGGGCAGUAGAAGUGUAGUACAGUAUUUAAGAGUUUUGAAAAAACGAUUGUGUGUAUUAGGGGGAAGAAGUUUGUAAUAGAGAGUCGCCGAAACAAAAAAAACAAAAAACAAAAAAAAAAAUCUGAUUUUUUUGCCUGUUGGUUGGUUGGUUGAUUUUCUUCCUUGUGUCAAUUUCGAUGAGAUCGCAGUGAGAGAAGCAGAGAGGAGGAAGAUUCAGUCAUCAAGAUCGCGUCCAGCUUUGAGUGAUUGCUUCCGAUCGGCCUCUCUUUCUCCACAGAUUCUCAUCGGAGUCUCGGAAUUUCGGUGUAUAUUACCAGAGUUGAAUAGAUUGGAUUGAAGUCGGUAUCUUUUGUUUAUUUCAAGGUGUGUAGAUAUGAGUUUUUUCAAUGGUAUUAGAUAAUUUUGCAGUUAGCUAUUAGUGGAGUUGUGAUUGGCUUGUUUGAUGAUAAUAAAUAGUUGCAUUUUAACGUGUAAGGAUACCGGUUUUUUAGAACAUAUUACAAUCUUCUGCGUAUUAUAUUCGCUUUGCCA